AUGGGCGCUGCACGCCAGGGGCCCCGAGGGCUCCAGGGGAGUCGGGCUGCCCGGGUCCGGGUCCGAGUCGGGAGCGAGCGCCCAGCCGCGUCCCUGCCCGCAGCCCGCAGCCCGCAGCCGCCGAGCGUGGGGACGGGGCGCCACCUACGGGCCUGCGCGCGGCGACGCGGCCGCCCACCCGGACCCACUGCCCCCGCGCCGCCGCCGGCCCGACCCAGACCCCAGACCCGGACCCGGACCCUAGACCCGGACCCAGACCCGGACCCCAGAACUGGACCCCAGACCCCAGACCCACCCGACCCCAGACCCGACCUCAGACCCCAGACCCCGGACUCCAGACCCAGACCCCAGACCCGGACCCGGACCCUAGACCCGGAACCAGACCCCAAACCCCGGACCCCAGACCCGACCUCAGACCCCAGACCCCGGACCCAGACCCCACCCCGGACUCCAGACCCCAGACCCCGGACCCCAGAACUGGACCCCAGACCCGAACCCGACCCCGGAUACCGGACCCUAGACCCCAGACCCCGGAUCACAGACACGGACCCCAGACCCGGACCCCAGACCCGGGACCCCAGACCCGGACCCCAGACCCCGGACCCCGGACCCCAGACCCGGACCCCAGACCCGGACCCUAGACCCGGACCCAGACCCAGACCCAGACCCCAGACCCCAGACCCCGGACCCCAGACCCGGACCCGACCCCAGACCCGACCUCAGACCCCAGACCCCAGACCCCGGACUCCAGACUCCAGACCCCGGACUCCAGACCCCGGACCCCAGACCCCGGACCCCAGACCCCUGACCCCGGACCUGGACCCAGAACCGGACCCCAGACCCCGGACCCCAGACCCGAACUUGACCCCAGACCCGACCUCAGACCCCAGACCCCGGGCUCCAGACCCCGGACCCCAGACCCGAACUCGACCCCAGACCCGACCUCAGACCCCAGACCCCGGACUCCAGACCCCAAACCCCGGACCUGGACCCAGACCCGGACCCCAGACCCCAGGCCCCAAACCCCGGACGCAAGACCCCAGACUCUGGACCCCGGACCCCAGACCUGGACCCGACCCCAGACCCGACCUCAGACCCCGGACCCCAGACCCGGGACCACAGGCUCCGGAUCCCGGACCUAGACCCCAGACCCCAGACCCCGGACCCCAGACUCCAGACCCCAGACCUGAACCCCAGACCCGGACCCCAGACCCCAGACCCGGACCCCAGACCCGGACCCCAGACCCCAGACCCGGACCCCAGACCCCAGAUCCCAGACCCCAGACUCCGUCCCCGUCCCCGGACCCCCCCACCCGGGCCGCGGACACUGGGGGCUGCAGGGGCUGCGGCAAGUGGCAGGUGCGGCCUGUGCUGGAGGCUCGGACCCGGGCCCGCGGGGUGCGGACCCCCAGGCCGCCGGCGCCCCUGAGCUGCACGCUGGGCCCCGGUGAAGGGUCCCGGGCCUGUGCGCCCCCAGCCCCGCCGGGUCCCGGGAGUGGCCUGCAGCCCCCUCGCCCUGGUGGCCUCACCCGCCGCGCCCUGGGCGCAGCCUCUGCCGCCGCCUUGCAGAACCGGGAAGUUGAACAACGUGCUGAAUCAUGA